CCGGACCGCCCAAGAGCCCCACGUCAUUACACUACGCGGGGCGUUCGGCCGGCGCGCGCUGAGCGCGAAUCAGACGCGUCAAACGCGACGCUUCACACUUCUAGUUUACGACCUGCUGCGGGGACAACUUUGGCCUCUAAACGAGAAUCAAUCGACAAAACCGGCUAGCGAGACAUCUUCAUGACUUUUUAGUACGUUGCCUUUAGACAUGCCAACAGCAUAUUGUAUUUAAUCUCUAGUUCGGCAUUCUUCUUCUUCUCUCAGCGCGCCGAUAUCCGUUCCUUUCGUGCUUCCAUCGUGUCAACACCCAAGACCUGGACCGCCCAGAGCAUGUCGACAUGUCAACUCGACCACGUCAUGGACUCUCCCUGGGCAACACCGACGGCGGUGUCCCAGGGACGCAAACGUCCCCUGCGAACCUAUAGUCGACGAACGAUCCAGACGAGGGCGCAGGAGCAGGAGGCGACGCAAAGUGACCGAGAUCCUACUACUAUGAUGGCAAACUCAAUACCAGCGGAAGUGCCUGAUCAGCACCCAGUGCUCCAAUCUCAAUCCGAGGCAGAACGACCGGCAGAAGCCAAACGGCCGAACCGCGGAUCAAUUCUGGCGUAUUUCCGUCCCGUUCUCCCGAGCACAGACAAGGCGUUGUCAAAAGUCGCAGCUUUUGGGACCAUUGAGCCUCCUCUGACACCGCGCAUCUCUCCGGAGUUGAGAGGAGCAAACCCCCGAAGGAGACUGACCACGCGGCCCCAGUUCGGCGAGGUGGGGGAGGUUUCAAGAGAUGAUGUUGGGAGGCCGAUUAAUGUUGGGAAUGUGAACGCAGUCGAGGGAGCAGAAACCGAUGGGGAACGCGACGAAUCUGCUGACAAUCCCGACUGCUCCCUUGGAUCACCUCAUGACCCACCGACAGAGGCUUUGGGCGAGCUUCCAACCAACACCCUAGGCCGGCAUGACUGGACAGUCGGCGUCUCGACUGACGGGCGAGUGAAACCGAAAAAACGAGCGUACAAACAGCCAGUCAAAGACAUGAUGCAGACGACACUGAGCCUGUCGGUCCAGAAAGAACCGGGAUUUAUAUUGUGUGGCGUUUGCGACAUUCUGUACAACCCUUUCAACGAAAAGGACAGGAAAGAACACAACCGGCGGCAUGCGGCCUCUUCCCGAAAAAGGAGGAAGACGGCAUGACGAUGGACUCAGACAUCCACUCGAUAUUUUCUGCAGGCUAUAAUGCGUGUUUGACUCGGCGAAAGCGGCUGAAAAAGAAACAAAUGACCCGUCGUUUUCAGCAGUGGUGGGAUUGUCUUAUCCUGUUGCUCAGCUGACUUAGGCCUGCGGUGUCUCUCGCGAUCUGAGAGCUUAUUCUUAUAUGGCACUCGGUUCUCGCCGGAC